AUGGCUCCCAUCUCAAAACUCAUUCCUAUCCUGUUCUUAACCACCCUUUUGUUGUCCCUACAAGUUAAUGCCAGAGACAGCCAGUUCUUCAGCAAAGUCACCCCUCUCAACAACAACAACAAAGAGACAGAGGUUCCCAACAAUGAAGGUUCUGUAAACAAGCCAGAACAACAACAGCCAGUCUUCAUACCAGAAACAGAAAACAGCUAUGGCCUAUAUGGUCAUGAGACUGGUCUGCACCCUCCCACCACUACAACAACUAACGCUGCCCCCUACACCACCCCCACCACCUUCCAACCAUACAAAACUACCACAACCGAGGAAGACAACAGCAACAACUUCUACAACUUCAAGAAGGAUGCCUAUACCACCAAUCAAGGAUUGAGUGAAACAAGACUCACCGGCACUUCUGACAACAACAACAACAACUACUUCUACAACAGCAAGGACGCUUAUGGAAAGCAGAAUGAAUUCAGUGACACAAAGUUCACAGAAGGAGGAUACAGUUCCAUGGAAAAUCAGAACAACAACAACAAUAACUACUUCUACAACAACAAAGAUGCUUUUGGUAAGCAGAAUGAGCUGAGUAACUCAAAGUACACUGAAGGAGGAUACAACUCCCUGGGAAAUAAGAACAACAACUACUUUUACAACAGCAAGGAUGCUUUUGGUAAGCAAAAUGAAUUGAGUAACACAAAUUAUGCUGAAGGAGGGUACAAGUCCAUGGAAAAUCAAAACAACAACAACGACAUUGCUGCCAAUGAGAGAUACUACUACAACAACAACAAGAAUGGUGCUGCCAACAACAGGUACUACAAAACUAAAUCUUUCAACAACAAUUACAAUGGUGAGAGGCAGGGUUUAAGUGACACGAGGUUUAUGGAGGGUGGAAAAUACUUCUAUGACGUUAACUCUGAGAAGUACAGCAACCCAACACAAUAUGGUGGUUCAUCCAGGCAAGUGAACUCCGAGAAUUGGUACAACAACAGGGGUUACUUUGGAAACAACAAUGUGAACUCCUACGAGAACAAGAACUCCAUGGAAGGGUAUCAGAAUCAGGAGCAGUUUGAAGAUGACCAGGAGGACUUCGAGCCUUGA